CUUUUCCCAGCUCUGACCCCUUCGAAUUGCAAAAUCUGUAAUGGCUUAGGCUUAGGGUAGUGAGAUCAACGAUAUUGGUUAGCAAUGGAAACAUCGAUUCUUUCACCGACGCAGAAGUACGCAGCAUCGGCUUUGUUCGCUCUGGCUCUUCACCAUUCUCAGGUUCACCAAAAACGGCCUACGAAUGCCCUUGUUUCAAUGAAAGACGAGCCGAUUGGUGAAGGCGCAAGCACCCAUAAAACCCUUUCGGUCUCUGAUCAUCCCCAGCUCUGGAUCCAUGAGAACUCCGGUUUACUUUUGCCCGUCUUCAGGUUGAUGGGAGUGGAAGAUCAAGCUUGGGAUGGGCUCAAAGAAACCGCCGGAGUAUCAACACAAGCGAGGCAUCACGUCGGAUCAUUCUUGACAUUACUCUCAGAGGAAACUGAUGAAGCUUCUGAAGAAAGACGAGAAAAGGAACUUGCUUUACUUAAGGCUGUCGAUGCUACAAUGCUUAGUAUAGAAAGUUCUCUCGUUGUUUCUGAGGAUAUUGAUAGGAGUCGUGACUAUGAAAUUAAGUGCCGCGGGAGAUACGGCUUUCACAAGACAGAGUUAAUCGGUGAAGACACGGAUCCUAAUGGAAGAAUUCAAAGGACUACUUCCAAUGUAUCCGAUGAAGAAGAAGAGGUUGAUGGAUUAGGAAGUAGAGUUUCUGAGAAACCAAUGGAAGAGGGAGAAUUGCUUACUGAGGAGAGGAAAGUAACGGUUCUUUAUGAGCUUCUUUCAGCUUGCGUAGCUGAAGCCAGUGACAAUGGAUCAAAAAGCUCAUCUCAAACAAAGGGCUAUGAUGCUCGCCACCGUGUGGCUCUGCGUUUGCUAGCUACUUGGCUCAAUGUCAAAUGGGUAAAAAUGGAAGCCACAGAGAUAAUGGUUGCUUGCUCUCUCAUGGUUCCAUUGAUAAAGGAAGAUGCAGAGGAAGUUGAAAAGAAAACGAUAGCUGAUUGGAAACGGGAAGGCAUGAUCGGUGCAGCUGCUUUAACUGGAGGAACUUUGUUGGCCGUUACUGGUGGCCUAGCUGCCCCAGCAAUUGCACAGGGAUUAGGUGCCCUGGCUCCUACAUUAGGCAGCAUUGUUCCUGCAGUUGGAGGUGGGUUUGCUGCAGCAGCGAGUGCUACAGGGUCAGUUGCUGGUUCGGUUACUGUUGCCGCAUCAUUUGGAGCUGCUGGAGCUGGUCUUGCAGGAAGUAAAAUGGCUAAAAGAACUGGAGACCUUGAUGAAUUUGAAUUCAAACAAAUUGGGAAGAAUCAUGACCAAGGCCGGCUAGCAGUUGGAAUUUUGGUUUCUGGAAUUGUCUUUGAGGAAGAGGAUUUUUUAAGACCUUGGGAAGAUCACAAUGAUAACUUGGAGAGGUAUGUGCUAAAGUGGGAGUCCGAGAAGCUGAUUGCACUGAACAUUUCAGUACAGAAGUGGCUUACUUCAAGAAUUGCUUUAGACGUAAUGCAAGCAGGAGCCAUGCUGACUGUAUUAAGUACACUAGUAGCAGCACUAGCUGUGCCAGUAGCUUUGGUUACCGCAUCUAACCUUAUAGACAAUGUAUGGGCGGUUGCUGUUGACAGAUCUGAUAAAGCUGGAAAGCUACUAGCUGAAGUGUUGCUAAAGGGAUUGCAGGGGAACAGACCAGUGACACUCGUUGGUUUCGCCUUGGGUGCCCGAGUAAUCUUUAAAUGUCUCCAGUGUCUGGCUGAAACAGAAGGAGAUAAUGCUGGACUCGUCGAAAGGGUUGUCCUCCUUGGAGCACCAAUCUCAAUACACGAUGAAAAUUGGGAAGAUGCCAGAAAGAUGGUGGCAGGAAGAUUUGUCAAUGUUUACAGUACUAAUGAUUGGACACUUGGAAUCAUAUUUCGUGCCAGCAUACUUUCCAAGGGAUUGGCUGGAAUUCAACCUGUUGAUCUUCACGGGAUUGAAAAUGUUGAUGCAACUGAAUUUAUCGAGGGCCACUCUUCCUAUCUCUGGAUGGCAAAGAAAAUCAUGAGACAGCUGGAUCUGGACUACUAUUAUCCUAUUUUCAGGACCACCCACACCAAACCCCAGGAAGGGAAAAGCAAACAUACUUAGUUUAGUUUUCAUCUUUAAGCUUUCCUGCUAAAUUUCUGUCUGCUGUCCUCCUAUAAUAUGAUUAUCUGUCUCUUUGGCUAAUUACUACUUGAUUUUGGAAUAAAAUAGUAUGCCUCU